CUUUCAUUGGAUUGACCACCAUUUUCCUCUUCACAUUGUCGCCCAUUUUAUUGUUUGUGGCUAGUUGGUGGUUUUUAUUUCGAAGCCAGCUGUUAUCUUUUAGUUGUUUUCAAAGUUUCUUUCAUUGUGCAUAAGGGUUGGGCGGUGCGUUGUCUUAGGUUUCGGCCGGACUAGCGUAUCGUCCGGACUUUGUGCCACUUCUGAGAAGACCAAAUUUCGUGAUUUCGACCUUGUGGUACUAAUAUAAUCAAGCCACGAUGACCCGGGGAAAUCAAAGAGAUUUGGCUCGCGCUAAGAAUCAGAAGAAGCAACAGGAGUUAGCCAAGAAGAAAAAUGCUAAUGAUAAAACAGGGAUGUCUUUAUCUGAAAGGAAACAUAGGGAUGCGGAACUUAUGAGAGAAAAACAAAAGAAAAAGGAGGAACAAGAAGGCAUCCAUCAGAAACAAGCCGUAAAUUAAUAUUUCAUUCUUAUGAACAAUCACAAGGAAAUUAAGUUUUUUGAAGAGGUGAAAUGGUUCAAGUGAUAACAUAACAAGCAAUUUAAAUAAGAAAUGUUUUAAAUUCUGAGUUACAACAUAAAGCUAAUAAUACCACC